UCCGAGUCGCUCAUUUGACUAGCUACCCCGUACAUGUUUCCUCAUAUUGUAACAGUAUUCAAAUACUGGGAGCUGAGUUGAAGGAGCUGAGUUGAAGCGAAAUUGUAUCACAACCAAAAGAUCAACAGUUUGGUUGCCCUUGCUCCAGGGGAUCUGCCUGCGCUCGUCCUUCACCGGCAACAUCACGCUUUAACACCGACUAUAUGAGAGACAUGGUUCCCAGCGGUCUCAUGUCCGUGGCAGUUGACCUCCUACAUUCCUGUUGAUUCCCGAGAGCUCCUCUGAACUCCCACUGCUGCCCACCGGUCCCAGGCAUGGACCCCUACCAGGAGCCUCAACUCGGUUUCCAGCCCCCGCGUGACGAGGGCGCCCCAGACCUGGAAUGUGCCAUCUGCUUCAGCCAGUUCAACAAUGUCUUCCGCACUCCCAAGAUGCUCCAGUGCAAUCACACCUUCUGCCUGGAGUGCCUGGCCCGUAUGAAUGUCAAGUCAGCCAAGCCGGACUCCAUCCAGUGCCCGUUGUGCCGGGGCCACACACCGCUACCCGACCUGGGGUUGCCCAAGCUGACCACGGACCGAGCCGUGAUUUCUUACCUCCCCACGACCAUGCAGCGCGUCUACAGCAUCCGCUUCAACCGCGACAAGGGCAAGCUGCAGGUGAAGAGGACCACCGACGCACCCCCCCCCUUGAACUCACUGCGUUCUAUUAGUCACUCUCUGGACGUGGGGCUGCCUAGCCCUCCAGGAGGCAGCGGGGACGUAGAGGGGGGGCAGAGGCGAAGGCUCGGGGCACUGCUGAGACUGUGUCAUAGACCAGGAUGCAGAGCCUCCCUCCUUGUGUCAGUGGUGAUGAUGAUGGUGGUGCUUACUUGCGUCAUCAUCUUCCUCCUCGCAUAUAAACAGCUAUAACAAUAUCAUCAGAAUGGAGCUAAGAAAGUGGACGCUCACUACAGUGCACCUGAUGGACGUCGGAGAGAGGACCUGAUGGACGUCGGAGAGAGGACCUGAUGGACGUCGGAGAGAGGACCUGAUGGAUGUCGGAGAGAGACGUUAUUGUUACCCGGCUUCUACUAUCUACUGUAGCAGUUUUCAGUACCUUUUUUUUUUAAAUUUUUAUUUUUAUAAUUUUUUUAAAAGUGUAUCUAUUUCUUAGCAGUUGUUGUGCAUCUGUAUGCUGAAUUUGUGUACAACUAUGAUGCAUGUCGUACAAGAGAACCACAUUUCCCUCUGUGGUUUUUUGUUUGUAGACAGACGGUAAUGUGAUACAUGUCAUAAUAUAAUAGCCCUGCUGUCCUCUCCAGGUUUCCAUCCACAGUAAACACACUCCACGUACUUCAAUGCAAAUCAAUAGCGACUGGCUAUGCAAGUACACAGUUACCUUUUUGAGUAAGACACUGCGGUAUCACUGUGUGAAACAGUUAGGGCUAGGAGAUUAGAGAUAAUCUUGAGGUCACGUUUGGGGGGGGGGGAUAUCAACGUAGCAAGAGGUUGAAGAUUGAAAUGUGGAAUUAUUAUGUUUGCUUAUACCACUACACUUUUUCUUUUUUUCUCUUUUUUUUUCAAGGAAAAAAGCCAUUUUGGUUGCAUGGAUAUUAUCCAGCUGAUAGAGACAUAGAAUCAAACAGUCAGAAUAACAAAUACCGUCUGCUCACAAUUGUCACAUUUUCUACAGUUUACGCUUUCACACAUAUCAGGGUUUUAGGAUUGUCUUGUUUUAUAUUGAAAAUAAACAAUAUUUUACA